AUGUUGCAGUUUCUAAAGAAAACAGGCCGCAGAAAAUCAAUUACGGGAAGUGUCGACAAUUGUGAGCCUACUUUAGCAAACAGAACCGAUGAUCAUGCAGCCCAAUUCAGUACAAGUCAUGAUGUCAUUGACAGUAUGAAACUUCCACAAAACGACGAGGAAGCACUACAAUUAGCUGAACAGUAUUGCAUUGAAAAAAAAGAAUAUGCUGUUGGCGUUUCUAAACUUUCACGGCGUAUGGUUGAUAUUCUGGCAGAUCAAAAAUGCAUGUGUUAUUUUGUACAAUUUUUGGAAUCAAAUAAUGCACUUACGUUUAUUAAAUUUUGGUUGGAAGUAGAAAGCUUCAAGGCAGCAGCUUCUGAAAGCGGUUUACGUGAUUGUGCUAUAUCAAACAGAUAUCCCGGUGAGCGCUUGCAUCGAAGCGUUUCUUCUGAUGUAGACGAAAACUUAUCUUUCUGCAAUGCAGACUGCGAUUCGCUGUCAACAAACUCAUUCUCCGAAUCAACUGAUGACGUACGUUGCACGUCUCUCAUUUCCCCCACAUCGUUAGUCGGAGUCCUGGAGGAACACGCCGAUAACAAGGAGAAGGACCACCAAGGUAAUUGUGUUGUUUCGCUGCAAGAGCAAUCAUCUGAAGGUAGGCGGUGCGGGUCGGACCUUAAGCAUGUGCCAGAAAUUUGUGAUAUUACGAUCAUGCGACAGUCUUUAACAGACGACGAAAAAACUCAAAUCUGUGAAGCAAGUAACGCAGGACUUCCAAUGCAGGGCUCUAGAACUCCCAUCUCCUCGGCACCAAAUAAAUGCCCUUUUAAUUCGUUAAUUAGUUCAGAUGCUGUAAGAAUCUACAAGAAAUAUUUGAUAACUAAUUCUUCGCAUCACAUCGACAUGCCGGCCACAAUACUUUCUAACAUCUCGUUGGCGUUGUGUAAUCUGGGCCGUGGGUGCAAUGAAGUAAUUUUCAACGAAGCUCAACAUUAUCUACUCGAAUUGCUGGAGCAAAAUUAUCUCUAUCCGUUUAUGGAGAGCUCCUUUUACUGUAAGUAUUCCUUGGAAGUGUUGACAAGUGAAGAUCUUGUACUAAGAGAUGUUUUGAGCAGCGAGCUGGCCCUGUUCUAUUUUAUGGAACACCUAGAACAACAGCACAAGCACCACUAUCUAGAGUUCUAUGUAGGAGCUGUAAAUUUUAAACGAUCCUUCGAGAACAAAGCACAAGCCCAAAAGGAUGCAAUGGUGUUGUAUGAAAAAUAUUUUUCACUUCAAGCAACAUCGUCCCUGAAGUUGAGUGAUAAACUACGCGCUUUACUCGAAGAACACAUCUGCUCGUCAGAUCCAGGCUGCAGCAUUGCCGAAUGCUUCGAGCUUCCGGUACGAAUCAUUGAACAUUUUCUUGAGCAACAAUACUUUGCAGGAUUUAUCAGAUCGCCCCUUUAUAGUCGGUUCAUAACCGAACUUCUCGGUAAAGUCGGUAAAACGCCACAUAGUAUCAGUAUAUUACCGUCGGUCGUAGAUCGACAAGAACAGAGACGGCGGUAUGACAUAGCGGGGACGGACGGAAGACCCCUAAAUCGCAAAAUAUCGUCUGAUGGUUUUAUUUCUUCACAAAACACUCUCCUGGCUAUGCCCGACAGUAGCUUCUAUCGGCGUAAUAGGAAACAGGUUGUGAACGUUACGCUCCCUGCUGGUUCUGGAAUGCCUGUUGCCCCUGGCGUCGGUAGCGUGGAGCACAGCUUGCACAUUGAUUCCCGCCAGCUUUACAAUCCAGAUUUGUUAUGGCGACGGCGUUCCUCAGCUGUAGCUGCAGGCUUGACAUUCGGCAGAAUAGAUGCACUAGGUAGAUACGAAAGGGAUUUUGAUAUAGUUGAACCUCCCUCCAACGACGAUCGGUGGAAUCGCAGCUUAUUGAAAAAAGCGGUGCGUAGGCUUGUUAAUUUACCGGAAGACAAAGUGCAAGAAGAGCUAGCUUGGCAAGUUGCUGAAAUGAUUAUAAAAGAAAUUACUAACGUUACCAUGAACCAUAAUACAUAAUUCUACACAAAUUCGCCCAUCUUUGUCAAGUCUCUUCAUUCGAUUGGUAUUUUAACAAACGGUACAGAGCACUAUUAGCAAUGCAAUCCCCUCAAAUGUUGUCUAUAAAAAUAAGCGCUUUUUUAUUAAAUUAAAAUUUGUUUACACAAUUUUCUUUCAUUACAA